CUUUCUACUUGUAUGUAUUUGUGACUUUGUGUUGUGGUAUUUAUAAAAAAUAUGUGCAUAUCGAUGGUAAAUCAAAACAAUAGGUUUAUCAUAUUUUAAACAUUGCAAUGCUCAAUUACAUAAAAAUAAUGUAAAAACAACUAAAUGAAUCUUGCCGAAAAGAAACCUGGCUAUACCAGGAGCGGUGUUAGUGUGUCAAAAGAGCUUCCCAUCUUCUUUAUUAUGAUGCGAUUUAACAUAAAAGUAGCAUUGCUUUUUAUAUUCCUCAUUGGAAUAUUAACCAUUUUAACACUGUAUUCAUUUUGUGGAAAUUCAGAGAAAGAAUGGAGCAAGUUUUACAAUAUGAACUCCAAAACAUUAGAUGUCCCAGUAUCAGAAGAAAUAGACUGUGAUAUAAAUGGAGAGAUUAUUAUAGGUUGUCGCAAAGAGGGAGAUGAUGUAUACAUUCCCUUUUCAUUCUUACAUAGGUAUUUUGAGGUGUAUGGUAAGUUAGCAACUUAUGAUGGAACGGAGAGAUUUGAAUGGACCCACAGCUAUAGUAAAGUGUACCACCCUAAAGCAAAAUAUGAUCCAAGAGGCGUGUUUAUGUACUUUGAAAACUAUAAUGUUGAAGUACGAGAAAGAGUUAAAUGUGUAAGUGCAAUUGAAGGAGUACCUGUAUCAACACAAUGGGAAAGUCAAGGAUACUACUAUCCCACUCAAAUAGCACAAUUUGGAUUAUCACACUUCAGCAAAAAUUUAACUGAGCCUGAACCUAGGAGAAAAAUAAUAGAUGAUUGUGAAAGAGAUUUUGCUAAAUGGACUGUACCAACAACUGCUAAACUUGAAAGAGUUUUUGACAAAACUUUAAAUACCAAAAUUUUGAAUUUUUCCACCAGUGAAAAUUACAUGGAAGGUGUUAGAUUGAAAAUGGAUCAUGUUUUAUACUUUGUUAUGAGUCUUGAUAUUCUAUUAACCAAUAAUAGCAGUCUUUGUAUCACUCUGCAAAAUCGAGAAACUAAAGAAAUACAUUUUUUACACUAUAUAACAUCAGAUAUUUGGAUUACUUCUCAGGACAAUAAUAUUUACCAUGGCAUUGGAACAGUUAAAGCUUGGAAAAGAAUAACAAGGGAUCUAAUUAUUGAUCUUCAUAAAGGUCUGGCUUAUUUAGACAAAGAUAAAUCAAAGCCUAAAAUUUCAAGAUCUAAAAUGAAAAUAAUUGACAUAACACUUAGGGGAUUAGGAUCGAUUGACAAUCUUACACUGUCUUCUUCUGAACAUAUUCAGCAAUUUUACGAUGCUGCUGAAUGGUUUGUUAGGCACCAAGAUAUUGAAACUGGUGGAUGGCCAAUUCCUGUUAAGCGAAAAUUAGCUAGCGGAUUCCAUGAUUUAGAACCAGGUUGGUAUUCAUCCAUGGGACAAGGCCAUGGCUUAUCAGUUCUUUCUAGAGCUUACUACCACUCAGGAGGAGAUAUUCGUUACUUGACAGCAGCUCUUAGAGGACUCAAACCAUUUAGAGUUACGAGUUCUGAAGGAGGAGUAAGAGCUACGUUUGCUGACAAAUAUCACUGGUACGAGGAAUACCCAACAAAACCAGCUUCUUUUGUCUUGAACGGGUUUAUUUACUCCCUGUUGGGGCUUUACGAUUUAAUAACCAUUGCCCCACCAGGUCAAGCUCAAGAAGCAGAAUUCUUGUACAAUGAAGGUAUGAUUUCCUUAAAGAGCAUGCUAACUUUGUUUGAUAUGGGUAGCGUCACAUCUUAUGAUCUUAGACAUUUUACUAUUGGUAUUGCACCAAAUCUAGCGAGGUGGGAUUAUCAUGCCACCCAUGUUAAUCAAUUAUUGUUGUUGAGUACUAUUGAGAAUGAACCUUUAUUUAAAAUUACUGCUGAAAGAUGGAUUGGUUAUAUGAACGGUAAACGGGCUGAUCAUAAUUGAGGUUGAGGUUUGAAUUUUUGAAAAUAUGUGCCAUGUAGUUGUUAUUUUAUUUUUUGUUAAUGUUUUUGUUGAUAUAUUACUAAUUUAUUAUAUUUCAAGAAUGUUAACAGCUUAAAUGUUGAAAGUGAUUUGAUGCCAUGGUAGGGUUGGUGAAAUAAAUUCGAAUUAGAAAAGUUAGAAAACAAUAUUGCGAACUGCAAAAACUUGAAUGACAAAACUUCGAAACUAUAAAAGUUUGAAUAACAAAGUUUCGAAAAUAUAAAAUUCGGAACUAAAAAAAGUUUAAAAUGGAAUCGAUUGAAAAUGAGAAAGUAUCGAAACCCAAAAGAGAUUGAAAUUAGAUCAAAUUAUCGAAAUUGCAUAUGAUCGAAAUUACAAAUGAUCGAAAAUACAAAUGAUCAAAAUGAUAUAUUUGUUUUAAACAGUUUAUUCUAAUUUAUUAUCCUCAAAUAUUUUACUAAUUUACAUGGACAUUUACGUAUAUACUAAUUUAUAUUACCUAUAUUGAUCUGCUCACAGCGAUGUUUUAACUUUAACUUACUCAAAUGGCAAAACAAUCUUAUUUAUAUACUCAAAUGUUACACUCCAAUCCUGCCUUGAAAUUUCUAGCAGGCACUGAGCAAUAGAGUACAUUCACAAUUUUCUACAAUCCACCCAAACUUCUAGAUUCCUCAUGGUUUUAGUUCCAGAAUUAAUGAUUUAAUCCGACUGUUGACCACCAUAGGCGCCCUAAUAGAGGGAGUUUCGAGGUUGUGGGGCUGUAAAAGGCCUAAAUAAGGCAUAGAGGGACUUAAGGGAUUACAGCAUGACCGGACUUACAAGAAAAUAUGAUCGUAAUGG